UUCAUCAUAUGAGAAAUUAACGGCCUUUCAAAAGGAACUUUCUUUUCUUGAUUUCUCUCUCUAUUGAAAAGCAUUAAAUCUCUUUUUUUGUGUAUUUGAUUACCACUACCCUUUUUCAUUUCAAAUUUUACUUUAUCAAAUGGAUGUUAAUGACUGGCAUGAUCCACUUCUUGCUUUUUCCCAACAACAACAACAAGAACUAUCACUUAGCUCUCACAAUUACUACCCCUUUUCCUCAUUGCAUGAUUAUUCAGUAAAUACACUGAUGGAAGAUUCUGAUUGUUUUACCCCAAUCAAGAUUGAAGGGAGCAAUGCUGAAGAUUUCAAGGAUCCAGUUGCAGAAAAUGUGAUUAAUGGUAGAGACAUGUUGGGGUUUUCAUUAACAUCUCCUGAUAUGGUGAUCUGUACUGGAUCACCGGAUAUACCUCGACGAAGCUAUGGAGAUUCACCCGAGUUUUUUAAGGGUUGCUCCAUUUCUCUAGAAAAUGGAAUUAAGGGAUCUGAAGAGGCUCAAGCUGCUACAAAGUUAUCGAUAAAUGAUGAAGAUUUGUGUUUGCCAGCUCAAUUUGAGCUUCCUUCUCCUCCGGUUGUUGAAGAGAACACAUCAGGUGUUUCAGUUCCUAUAGUUAGUGUUAAUGUUGGAUCAACAGAUUGCAUCAGUUUUGAGAAUGACACUCAAUUUUCAGAGGAUAAAUAUUUUAUUGGAGGCAAUAUUCUGAGGACUGACAAUAAAUUAUGCCCUAGCAUUUAUCAGACUGCACGUGUUGGAAAUUUUUCGUACCACUUUAAUAACAUAGUUGCUGGUUUUUAUCAUGUUGAUCUGCAUUUUAUGGAGCUGGUAUUUACUUAUGGUUCUCCGGGAUUGAGAGUCUUUGAUGUUUACAUUCAAGAGCACAAGGUUAUUUCAUCUUUAGACAUUUUUGCGCGUGUGGGUGCAAAUAAGCCCUUGCUGAUAUCUGACCUUGAAGCUCAUGUUGAUGGUGAAGAAGGGAUUUCCAUAAGAUUUGAAGGGGUAAUAGGAACGCCAAUAGUUUGCGGCAUUUCUAUAAGGAAACAUUCUUCAAGAAGUACUGGAGAGCUGGAAUUACUUCAGUUUUCUGAAAAUUGUCCACAAAACAACUCACUAGAGGUAAAUGGUGAUAUUCAGGCAGAUGGAGAGCUUCAAAAGAAACUGAAAGAAGUGAAGAGGCAGGUGGAGGAACUUCAAAGGGAGAAUGAAAUAAAAAGCAAAGAAUGUGCUGAAGCUUGUAACUCCUUAAAGGAGCUUCAGAAUGAGCUCAUGCGCAAGUCAAUGCACGUUGGAUCACUCGCUUUCGCGAUUGAGGGCCAAGUGAAAGAAAAGAGCAGGUGGUUUUCAUCCUUGAGAGAUCUGACAAGGAACUUGAAGAUUCUGAAAAUGGAUCAGAUUCAAGUUACUGAAGAAGCAUUGUUAUAUAAGCAGCAACUCCUAGCAGAUUUUGCAAAUAUGAGCUCUACCAUUCAGUCCAAAUUAAUGGAACAAGUUGAAUUGCAUGAAGAUCUCAAGAUCAAGUUCAUCAAGGGUGCUAAGGAACGAAAGGAACUUUAUAACAAGGUUUUGGAUUUAAAAGGGAACAUUAGGGUCUUUUGCCGGUGUAGGCCUUUGAACACCGAAGAGAAAGCUGCAGGAGCUUCAAUGUCGAUUGACUUCGAAGCUGCAAAAGAUGGAGAGCUCACUGUGAAGUCCAAUGGCAUGUCUAAAAAGACCUUCAAGUUUGAUAGUAUUUUUAGCCCCCAAGCCGACCAAGCUGAAGUUUUUGAGGACACAGCUCCCCUGGCAACCUCAGUUCUAGAUGGGUACAAUGUCUGCAUAUUUGCCUAUGGCCAGACAGGUACUGGUAAGACAUUUACAAUGGAGGGCACAGAAGAAUCUCGUGGGGUCAAUUACCGGACUCUUGAGGAGCUAUUUCGCAUUAUUGAGGAGCGAAAGAAUGCAUUUCAGUACGAAAUAUCUGUGAGCGUCUUGGAAGUAUACAAUGAGCAGAUUCGAGAUUUGCUAGUUUCAGGAACUCAACAAGUCGUUAAAAGGCUUGAAAUAAAGCAAGAUGGAGAAGGAAUGCAUCAUGUUCCCGGACUAGUUGAGGCCCACGUGAAUAAUGUGAAUGAGGUUUGGGAAGCCUUACGAACUGGUAGCAAUGCAAGGGCAGUUGGAUCAACCAAUGCAAAUGAGCACAGCAGCCGAUCACAUUGCAUACAUUGUGUAAUGGUAAAGGGAGAGAAUUUGCUAAACGGGGAAUGCACAAGAAGCAAACUGUGGCUAAUUGAUCUAGCAGGAAGUGAGAGGAUAGCAAAGACAGAAGUACAGGGUGAAAGGCUAAAAGAAACCCAAAAUAUAAACAGAUCUCUUUCUGCCCUCGGAGAUGUGAUAUCUUCACUUGCAACAAAAAGCGCACAUAUUCCAUUCCGGAACUCGAAACUUACUCAUUUGCUCCAAGACUCACUAGGAGGAGAUUCAAAGACAUUGAUGUUUGUACAGAUCAGUCCAAAUGAGAAUGACUUGAGUGAGACUCUUUGCUCAUUAAAUUUUGCAAGUCGAGUUCGAGGUAUAGAGCUAGGCCCAGCAAAGAAGCAAGUGGAUAAUAUGGAGCUUCAGAAAUACAAACAGAUGGUUGAAAAGGGCAAACAAGAUAUGAAGAACAAAGAUUUUCAGAUGAAAAAGAUGGAAGAUACGGUUCAUGGCUUGGAUAUUAAGUUGAAAGAAAAGGAUAUGAAAAACAAAAACCUUCAGGAGAAGAUUAAAGAACUAGAAUCACAACUUCUUGUAGAGAGAAAACUUGCUCGACAGCACGUUGACUCUAAAAUUGCUGAACAGCAUAUGAGACAACAGAACGAGGAAGAUGCUGCACCUACGAGGCCACCACUUACCAGCAAAAUUCCCACUCAAAAGACUUGUGAUGAAAAUAAGCUUCCACUUAAUAUUACCCGACCUCUUGCGGAGAACAAUUCCCACAAACUCUCUGUGGCUUCUGCUACUACCGUGGAUUGUCCUCUGAAGCACAAUGACUACCUGACAGAAAAAGAAAACAAGGAAAACAAUCCAGAUAUUGAUGAACAACCAGUAGUUGUUCCAAAGAGGAUGGGGAGAGCUUCUAUGUGCCCGAUUGCACACAGGAAUAUUCUGCCUACACCCGCUCCACGUCGUAACUCUCUAAUUCCCCUGCGUGCUAUAUCAGCUGUACCUAAGUUGCCUCCUCCACUUUUUCCAUUGAGGUCGAUUCAAUCAGAGGAGACGGAAGAUGCUGACGGGGUUGGUCCAAAAUGCUUACCGGAACUAACACAACAGGAUAGUCCUAAAGAGCUUAAGACAGCUAAUAAGAGGCUUGGCAGUGUUUUGAGACGAAGUCUUCAGAAGAAAAUGCAGUUCAAGUCUCCUAUGGAGAAAGUUAACGCCAGAAGAGUUGGCGUUAAUGUGGGAAUGGAGAAAGUUAGGAUCUCGAUUGGUAGCAGGGGAAGGAUGGGACAAAGAGUAAUGCUUGGUAAUGCUAGAAGAGUUCCAAAAGAAAAUAAUCAGCAGAAGCAAAGAUGGAAUAUUGGAACAGCCACAAAAGUUGUUCUAUGAUUCUGUUUCGUUAUUUACUUCUUCUUGGUUUACCUGUGUUGACUAAUCGGCGAUGCUUCUUGCAUGCAUGCAUGCAUCAACACAGGCAAGUGAAAAAAAGAAGAAAAAAAUGAUUUGUUAAUUGUUUGGAUGAUGCUUAUCAUCUGCUGAAAGAAUUGCAACUGUUUGAUGUAACAAGGUAUUGAUUGGUGUAAAUGCUUGAGUGAUUUCUUGUCUUAUGUGUUGAUCUUAUUGAGUUAUCUCCGGUGAAACUGUCUGGCAGUGUGACUGGAAAGUAAAUGCUCGUUACAGAUUGUGUGCUUAUAAGAUGGGCUAAGUAACAUUUCCCAUGUAUUCAGCUGCCCAUAAUUAUCAUUAGUUGCGUCCGUUAUGUA